AGGGACUCUGGACAAACCCAGAGACGCCGCUCCAGCCACUCCCUGCGCCCGGCAGUUUGUGAGCUUUCAAAUCCAUCCGGAGCUCCGGUCAAAGUGCUGAGAUCCGGAUGAGAAAGCUGCUUUCAGCCUCAUCUCAUCCAGCAUAGCCGACAUAAGUUCGAGCCCAAACAGCCGGGAUAGGCUUCGGGAGUCCACUCCAGAGUUGGAGAAGCACCCCGGGAUCAUAGUUUUGUCCGCGGACUGGAUUCGGGACGAGGACGAGCAACUCUUCAAAGACAAAUAGAGGAGGGGACACCUGCAGCCAAGAUGGAGGUGAAGACAUCACUUUUAGACAACAUGAUUGGGGUUGGUGAUAUGGUCCUCCUAGAGCCCCUGUCUGAAGAUUCAUUUCUGGACAACCUGAAGAACCGCUUUGACCACAAUGAGAUCUAUACAUACAUUGGCAGUGUGGUGAUCUCCCUGAACCCUUACAGGUCCCUGCCAAUCUACACGCCAGACAAAGUGGAGGAGUAUCGCAACAGGAACUUCUAUGAACUUAGUCCCCACAUCUAUGCUUUGGCAGAUGAGGCCUACCGCUCACUGAGGGACCAGGACAAGGACCAGUGUAUCCUCAUCACAGGGGAGAGUGGAGCUGGGAAAACUGAGGCCAGUAAGCUGGUGAUGUCAUAUGUGGCGGCAGUGUGUGGGAAGGGCCAGGAGGUGAAUAAGGUCAAGGAACAGCUGCUGCAGUCAAAUCCCGUGCUGGAGGCAUUUGGAAAUGCAAAAACUGUACGGAAUGACAACUCUUCAAGAUUUGGAAAAUACAUGGAUAUCGAGUUUGACUUCAAAGGAGAUCCGCUAGGUGGAGUCAUCAGCAACUAUCUGCUGGAGAAGUCACGAGUGGUGAAACAGCCCAGAGGAGAGAGGAACUUCCACAUCUUUUAUCAGCUCCUGUCUGGAGCCUCAGAUGACACACUCAAGAAGCUAAAGCUGGAGCGAGACUUCAGCAAGUACAACUACCUGAGCCUAGACUCGGCCACAGUCAGUGCGCUGGAUGAUGCAGCCAACUUCAGGACAGUCAGAAAUGCCAUGCAGAUUGUUGGAUUCAUGGAAGAUGAAAUGCAGUCGGUGUUGGAGCUGGUAGCUGCUGUUCUAAAGCUCGGCAACAUUGAGUUCAAGCCAGAGUCUCGUUGCAAUGGCAUGGAUGAGAGUCGCAUUAAAGACAAAAAUGAUUUAAAAGAAAUGUGUGAGCUGUUGGGAAUCGAGCAGUCUGUACUGGAGAGGGCCUUUAGCUACCGAACAGUCGAGGCCAAGAUGGAGAAAGUUUCCACCACCCUGAAUGUGGCCCAGGCCUACUAUGCCAGAGAUGCCCUUGCCAAAAAUCUCUACAGUCGCCUGUUUAGUUGGCUAGUUACCAGGAUUAAUGAAAGCAUAAAGGCACAAGCUAAAACUCGUCACAAGGUGAUGGGUGUACUGGACAUCUAUGGCUUUGAAAUAUUCGAGGAAAACAGCUUUGAGCAGUUCAUCAUCAAUUACUGCAACGAAAAGCUGCAGCAGAUUUUCAUCGAGCUGACCCUUCGUGAGGAGCAGGAGGAGUAUGUUAGAGAGGGCAUUGAGUGGACGAACAUUGAGUAUUUCAACAACGCUGUUAUCUGUGACCUUAUUGAGAAUAACCAAAACGGCAUUCUGGCCAUGUUGGACGAGGAGUGCCUGAGGCCCGGGACGGUUACUGACGAGACCUUCUUGGACAAACUGAACACCAUCUGCGCUCAACACCAGCACUUUGAAAGCCGUCUGAGCAAGAAAUCAAAAUUCCUCAAUGACCACAGCCUGCCACACAAUUGCUUCCGCAUCCAGCACUACGCUGGCAAGGUGUUGUAUCGUGUUGAAGGCUUCGUUGACAAGAACAACGACCUCCUUUACCGGGACUUGUCUCAGGCCAUGUACAAGGCCAACCACAGCCUCAUCAAACAGCUCUUCCCCGAAGGAAAUCCUGCAAAAGUCAACCUUAAACGACCGCCAACUGCUGGAUUCCAGUUCAAAGCAUCUGUUGGCACACUAAUGAGCAAUCUGCAAACAAAGAACCCAAACUACAUUCGAUGCAUCAAGCCUAAUGACAAAAAGGCAUCCCACAUCUUCACUGAAUCCCUGGUCUGCCAUCAGGUGCGCUACCUAGGCCUGAUGGAGAACGUCCGUGUGAGGAGAGCAGGAUAUGCCUUCCGUCAGACCUACGAGCCCUGCCUCGAGCGUUACAAAAUGCUCUGCAAAAACACCUGGCCACACUGGAGAGGGCCUGCCAGACAAGGAGUGGAGGCCCUGAUGACUGACCUGCAGGUUCCAGCUGAAGAGUUCUCUUAUGGCCGCUCAAAGAUCUUUAUCAGGAACCCAAGAACGCUCUUUUUCCUGGAGGAGAAGAGGAAGCAAUGCCUGGAGGACCUUGCAUCACUCAUUCAGAAGAUUUACAGGGGCUGGAAGUGUCGCAGCCACUUCCUACUGCUGAAAAAGAGCCAGAUAGUGGUGGCGUCAUGGUACCGCCGAUACGCUCAACAAAAGAAAUACCAGAAGAUCAAGCAUUCUACAACAGUGGUGCAGUCCUACAUCAGAGGGUGGCAGGCCCGUAAACUCCUGAGAGAGUUAAAGUAUCAGAAGAAAUGUGAAGAAGCGGUGACCACCAUUUCAGCCUACUGGCAUGGCACACAGGCUCGGAUGGAGCUAAGGCGUCUAAAGCAAGAAGUGCGGAAUAAACGCGCUGUGACAGUAAUUUGGGCAUACUGGCAGGGAACCAAGGCCCGGAGAGAGCUACGUCAGCUAAAGGAGGAGGCGAGGAAUAAACAUGCCGUGUCGGUCAUUUGGGCCGGCUGGCAGGGCACCAAGGCUCGCAGGGAGCUCAGGAGGCUGAAGGAGGAGGCCAGGCGCAAGCAUGCUGUCGCUGUGAUUUGGGCCUACUGGCAGGGACUGAAGGUCCGCCGAGACUACCGAAAGUUCUUCAGGGCAAACGCAGGCAGGAAGAUCUAUAACUUCACCAUCCAGAGGAUUAUGCAAAAAUACUUCCUCGGACUGAAGAGCAAACUGCCCUCCAUGUCCCCGAUAGACAAGAGCUGGCCUGCCAGGCCUUACUCGUUCCUGGAUGGAGUCCACACUGAGCUGCGGAGGAUUUUCCAUCUCUGGAGGUGCAAGAAAUACAGGAGCCGAUUCACAGAGGAGAAAAAAGCGGUGUACGCGGAGAAGCUGGAAGCAAGCGAGCUCUUCAAAGACAAAAAGGCCGUCUACCCAAGCAGCGUGAGUCAGCCUUUCAAAGGAGACUACCUGGAGAUCAGCAAGAACCCGAAAUAUCAGAAACUCAGCAGCGGCGUUGAAGAGAAGAUUCUGCUGGCCGACGUGGUCAACAAGAUAAACAGGGCCAAUGGAAAGGGUUCAUCUCGAAUCUUUCUGCUAACUAAGAAGAGCGUCAUUCUGGCUGACCAGAAAACGGGGCAGGUGAAGGCCAGCGUCCCUCUGCCAGAACUCGCAAGUGUGUCGACAAGCACGCAAUGUGAUGGCUUCUUUGCUCUCAAACUCAAAGAGGGUUCAGCCUCUGCUGGCAAAGGCGACUUCUUGCUCAGCAGUGAUCAUCUGAUUGAACUAAUUACCAAACUGCACCGCAUCAGCUCCACGGCUGCAGACAGGGAGAAGCUCAGCGUUGACAUCUCAGAUGAGUUUCUGGUGCAGUUCAAGCAGGACAAAGUGUGCGUAAAAUUUAUCCAAGGCAGUCACAAAAACGGCAACAGCGUGUCCUGCAAACGCAAAAACAACCGCCUGCUGGAGGUGUCCGUACCCCCGUCGCCAUAAAAUAUAGAAGGAGGGUUUGUCGCCUAACUCAAACCCUCUAGGCUUGACAAUCGCCACCCCAGUGCCAAUCCUGAGCCCAAACACGUGCUGUUGUUUGGCUUGUUGUGUUGUUCCUUACAGAUUUACCCUGGCACCGCUAUAGCUGAAAUAAUGGGCCACUAAUUUCUUAAUUUGUUUGGCAAAGAAAGCCCAAACUAAAGGGUUGCAUGCCACAGAGAUUUUGUGUAAAAAGGUGUAAAGAGCUGAUGCCGGAGCACAACCAACUUUUGUUAUACCUGUGGCUGUGUCGUUGCCUCUAUGGGAAAUUAGCUUUCAGAGAAAAUGUCAAAACAACUUAAAGUAGAGCUCCAGCUUCAAACGUUUCAAACUCAUCUGCUUUUAAGCUGUUCUGAGUCUGGCAAGAAAGAUGGCUUAAAAUUUGAGAUGGGCUUUGACACUGGAUUUGGGCUUAAGUCUGUCACAUUUAGUUAUUUGACAAACCUGAAUACUGCAUUUGCUUUAGCCUCUGUCACAAACGGAGGUCCUGACCAGAAAAUUACAAUGAUUGUGUGUUGUUUUCUUGUUUGUUUUUUUUCUUCUUGGAUUACAGCACAGUUGGCAGUUGUGUAAAAGUAAAAUGUAAUUUGCUAAAUAAUUGUAAAACACUUUGUAUUCAUUCAUACGUGCCAUUAAACAGGUGUAAACACAAUACUAUACGACUGAUGAUCCUAUUUAUAUUGAUGCCAAAAAUUAAUAAAACAAAAGUUUUUGAUUGCACUUCACAUCAUUUCCUCUGUUUGGUACAGUUGGUAAUAAAUUACAAUCAUUAUUCAAUUUGCUGAGUAAUUGUAAACUGUAUUCAUGUCGAGGGUUAUUUGGAGUAGACAUUAGGCCAGUUUGAGCCAAACUUGGUUCCAAAUAGUUUCCACAAAUAUUUUUUUUCCUCUUCAAAACCUGACCAUUGCAACCAGUGCUAAUUUUGUGUGCAAUAUUGUCUUUAUAUUUCUGGCAGUUACCUUUCCUGUGCCAUAAGAUGUACAUAGGCUUUCUAGGCUGUAGCUGUGAUAUGGACACAGACUUUAGAUUCCUAAUUUUAAUGUGCAUUGGAUGUUGUUUUUGCCUCUACAGCUUUAGUUAUUGUAGUGUUUGAACCACGUUGAUCUACAUUUUACAAGGGAACAGACCAAAUGUUUAUGGGAUAGUUCAGGAUUUUUGAUGUUGGGUUCCAUUAAAAGGUUCUAGAUGGUUAAUAUCAUACCUACAGUAAAGUCUUUGCAUCUUCAUUUAAUAUAAUUCCAGAAUAGUUGGAACUGGAGGCUGAACCAAAUGGUUAGCUGGUAACCAGAGAGCAACCAAGACCAAAGCAUACUUCUACGUCUUAAAAACCUUAGUUGUUUAUUCGAACGUUAUUUUCCAUACCAUUAAACCAUUUAUGUGGAUUGUUAUUUAUCCAGAAACUGAGGAUUUACACAGGAGAUGGAAGCCGGUGGCGGUGCAACACCAAUGAUCUUCCUGUGUGAAAUGUGUACAGAGCACGCAACAUAAAACCCUCCUGGUCAGCGUAUGAAUUGAAGUGUUAAAAUAAAUACCAUUCACUUACUCCACUAAUAAUUGAGCUUUUUCCCACUGCUUUCCUCUUGUAACCGACAAACUGAUCAGAAACACAUUUCAUGUUCCAUUCUCAGCAUGUAUUUCCUACAUGAAGAUCACUGGUGUCACACACCUCUUACCUAUGUAGACCGUAGAGAUAUUCUGCUUCAUACAAACCGCUAUGAUCGUUUUUGUAACCUACUCUUAGCCAUGACCGCUUUCAGACAAGCUGUUAGCCUCAGACUCUGGAAGAGUUAUUUAUUUGUUCCUGGACGCUGAAGCUAACGGUCUGAAAUGGGCCUAGACCCAAGCAAACGUCUAUCAUCCUGAAACCACUACAGUAAAAAAAAAAAAAACAUUUAGUCGUUUGUGUUAAUGCUACUUAUUGAACUUAUCAAGUCAUAUUUGCAUUGAGCUGUUAGUUAAAUGGAAGCAUAUGGUUAUCUGUCACCAGUAAUCUACCUGUGUGGAAUGCAGUUAAGAAGCAUAACAUUAGAGCAGUUUGUUUUACACUGCUUUAACGGUGAAUGCUGUACAAGUUCUGCUCUCAGUACCCAUUUUGCUCAGGUGUCGUGCCUCAUACCACCAUAUCCUGUUCUCUUGUGUAAAUCAUCAGCUUUUGGUUUUAUAAAUUGUAUAAAAUGGUGUUGGCACAAAUCUUUUUUUAAGGUUAAGUCUUAAGAUUGUAUGAGACUGGUCGAAGUAAUCUUGAUUUAUACUAAAUGAAGAAGCUAGAUUAGAUGUCAACACUUGUAUUGAAAACUUCUGUUUCUGUUUUUUUUUUUUUUUUACAUGUUCUCAAUCAUUAGUUGUUCUUUUAUACAAAGCAAAGCCAAAUUUAAGAUAAUCAAAAAAUGCAUUAGAGCUUUAUUUUUAUGCAUGUUGACAAAUUUAGAUAUCCAAAUAGAUUUUUGUACUUCUGAUGAGGGCUUGUCUAGAGAAUCAUAGCACAUUAGUUGAUGAACUUUUUUUUAAAUUUAUUUUGAGACAUCAUGCAGGGAAGUCGCAUGCAUGGGGAGGGGUAAUUGAACUGACGGAUUUUCUUCAACUCUGUUUUGGUGUGGUUUUACAUUGUAACAUAUUUUUCCUUGCCAUUUUUUCCCCUCUUGAUUUGUAUUUCAACAGUGGCUAGAGCUUCAGAAUGAUAUCUGCAUUCUCGUGUGCCUAAUGUUAAAUGGUGUUAAGAGAUGGAUCAUGAAAAAACAAUAUUUUAGUAGAACGUGUUGUAACAUUUGCAAGCAUUCUUUUUAAAUUAAAUAAAGAUCAAUGAUAAAUGUUG